CUCGCUCGGUUGUCACAGCGACGGCGACGCUGCAACCAUGUCGGAUCUGGGCUCCGAGGAUGCCGACGAGUCUGGGGAGGCCGUGGAAGACAUCGGGGAGUACGAGGGCGAUCGCAAUUCCGAAGGCCAGCGGCAUGGAUUUGGGAAGGCACGGCUGCCCAAUGGUGACACCUACGAAGGGGAAUACGAGUGUGGUUUGAGGAGUGGAUAUGGGACCUACAGGUUUAAAAACGGUGCUCUCUACACCGGGAACUACCUUCAAAACAAAAAGCAUGGCAAAGGUGUAUUUUUUUAUCCAGAUGGAUCAAAAUAUGCAGGAGACUGGGUGGAUGACCAGAAGCAGGGCUUUGGAGAAUAUCUGUAUGCAAAUGGAGACACCUACACUGGAGAAUGGGCUAACAACAAGAGGCAUGGGCAAGGCACAUAUGUCUAUAAAGAGACAGGAUCUAAGUAUGUUGGUUGUUGGGUAAAUGGAAUCCAGGAUGGACCAGCUGAACUUAUCCACCUAAACCACAGAUUUAAGGGCAGGUUUCUCAAUGGAAAGCCUAUAGGUCAAGGCAAAUUCAUCUUUGAUAUUGGAUGUGAGCAGCAUGGUGAAUACAUACAACCAGUGCAGGAAAAAGAGGAGGAGGAAGAAGAUGAGGAAUCACAGUUUCCUGUAGACCCAAUAUGGAAAGUAUCAGAAAUUACCAAAUUAACACCCUGGUCUCCCCAUGAUGAGGAGCUGCUAAGCCUCAGAGAAGCAGCAGAGGAAGCAGCAGAGGAAGCACCAGAGGAAGCAGCAGAGGAAGCAGCAGAGGAAGCAGUCACUGAGGAGGGUGGGGAUCAGCCAGAAAGCGACACAGGAGAGGAAGGUGAGGGAAUAAGAGAGGAAGAAGUAAAUCAAAGUCCAGAGAAUGAAGAAACUACUGAUUUAGGAGGAUGAAUCAAGGAAACAGGAAUUGAGUACAACUAAAGGAAAAGAUUAAAAAAAAUUUCAAAGUAGAUGAUUUAGUGUGGUAAGCCUGCAAUAUUUUUAUUUGUAAAAGGUUGUGUUAAGAUGCUUUGAAUAAACAUUUCUGUUAGUGUUCUGUC